UUAAAAUGGCUCCAUCCAUCACUGCCAAAUUCAGUUUACCCUUUGUCAUCUGACAUCCGAGUUUGACAUGGGAGCAAAAUUUCGCUCUUAAUAAUUACCUUCUGUUACAAUUCUAAAAUUGUUUAUUUAUAAAAAACGCUGAAACUUACGUCAAACUUUGUUUAAGGAUUCAUUUUUUUUAUAAAAAAGCAAGUUUCAUUGUGGACCCACAUUACAUUGAAGACAGGUAAAUAUUGGAUGACGCAAGAUAUUUAAGUCCAGGAAUUGUACAAAGGAAGGCCUACUAGUCACUCUGUAAUAUGUUUUAUACUGCUUGCACGAUUGAUGUAAAGAAACAAUUCAAAAUGAGUUUUCGUUAUUCAACUCAAGCAUCUUAGCAAUUCGUAACAGAGAAUCGUACAUCUAAGUGCCAAAAAUGAAGAAUCGUUCACCUAGCACUGGAUCAGGAUCCAGCGUAUUAAGUAGUAUUAAAUAUGAACAUCUUUUAGCCGGAAUUUCCGGGGGCGCCAUUUCGACGCUCAUUUUACAUCCACUAGACCUGAUGAAAAUUCGAUUUGCCGUUAACGAUGGAAGCGCUAAAGUUCCGCAGUAUAGUAGUUUGGCUAAUGCAUUCCGUACAGUUCUGAAACAAGAAGGUAUAAAAGGAUUAUAUAAGGGUGUCGCUCCUAAUGUUUGGGGCUCUGGAAGCGGAUGGGGCUGUUACUUCUUAUUCUACAAUAGUAUUAAAACGUGGAUUCAGGCUGGAGACGCCCAACAACAGCUCGGCCCAACUUUACAUAUGUUAGCUGCAUCAGAAGCAGGAAUACUAACAUUACUCGUCACGAAUCCGAUUUGGGUUGUGAAAACGAGAUUAUGCUUACAAUACGAAUCGGGAGUAUCGACCUCGACAAACGAUACGUACAGAGGCAUGUUAGAUGGCUUGAGAAAGAUAUAUAAAACCGAAGGGUUACGUGGACUGUACAGGGGCCUUGUUCCUGGAAUGUUCGGCGUUACCCAUGGGGCUUUGCAGUUUAUGACGUAUGAGGAAAUGAAAGAGUUUUACAACAGAUAUCGAGGCGUCCCGUUUGAUACUAAAUUGACCACUAAGGAGUACCUAUUUUGUGCGGCCACAUCAAAACUCAUUGCCGCAGCGGCAACCUAUCCAUAUCAAGUGAUUCGCGCACGUCUACAAGAUCAACACCAUAGCUACACCGGUUCGUGGGACUGCAUUAAGAAAACUUUUAAAUACGAGGGAAUUCGAGGAUUCUAUAAAGGAUUGGCACCCUACUUACUGCAUGUAACACCCAAUAUAUGUUUAGUUAUGCUCGUCUACGAGAAAGUAACGAACAAAUAGGCAAUUGAAUAUUUUUCUACUUAAUGUGAAUGCACCAUUGAAUCUAUCUACAUAAUUUUAGCAAAUUUUUAGUACAGGUCUAGUUAAUUUCAAGAAACACGCAUGUGGCUGUUGUUUAUCUGUGUCUCUCAACUUGUCAUACAUAUUUAAUACGACUUAAUAAUAAAGUGAACGUUUUUAA